UUAGAGCAGCAAGAGAAGAAGAACGCUCACGAUAGAGCUCAGACUGAACCAAAAGGACACAAGUAUCUUCUCUGAAGCAAUGGAAGGUGAAUGCAAAGUGGUUCUCGAUGCUGCUGUCGGCACAGAAGUUGGGAAACAGACAAGAACAAGCUGUAAGACGACCACGGUCCUACUCGCCUUCACCCUCUGCCUGGCUGCCGCUGCCGCCGCUGUUCUGCUCUUCAACACUCACACCAAGGCCGGUUCCAGACCAGACUCCAGACCAGAAGAGGACAGUUUCGAUCUUCAUCACACACUGAGACAAGUGUCAAACGUGAGAGCCGCCAUCCACUUAACAGGGCAGCGCAAUACCAACUUGACGACUUCGGUGGAGUGGCUGAGCGAUGUGGAUGACUCCCACUCUCAAGGAGGACUCAAGCUGAAGAACAACGAGAUUGUGAUUCCCCGCACCGGCCUCUACUUCGUUUACAGCCAAGCCUCCUUCCAGGUCAGCUGUGGUGGCAAUGAGGACGAUGCCAGCUCAGCACCCAUGGUCCACCUGAGCCACACCGUGAAGCGCUGGUCCAGCUCCUUCGGGAACGACGACAGCGAGGAAUCCUUCCAGACCAUCUUGCACUCCAUCCGAACGGCCUGCCAGAGGACGGCUGGCGGGGAUCCGGAUGUCGACGGGUACUGGUACUCGGCCGUGUACAUGGGAGCAGUGUUCAACCUGAGGAAAGGGGACCGUCUGAAGACGCUAAUGGAGGAGAAAAUGCUGCAUCUGCUGGAGGAUGAUGCGGGGAAGACUUUCUUUGGUGUGUUUGCUCUGUGAGGACAUUGCUGUCCACGGAGAAGCUUCACUGCUGCCCUGAGCUCCCUCAGUCUCAUGAGAGGAGCUUCAGUGAGCAGCAUUUACCAUUGAACCAAUGGUAACUAAGCAAAGCUAACCUUAACUUGUUGACAUGAAACCGAUCUCUAUGAGUCUACCGUGUUGUGUACUGUGUACUCAUACCUGUGCCGCCUUUUGAUAUACUUGCACUGAUGUGGUGCUGCUAGUGUCGUUUCACUACAAACUGAUGGAGGAUAAUGUAUUUUUUUUAUAUAUUUAUCAUAUUUAUUGAGUUAUUUAUUGAUUAUUUAUUGUGCUGAGUGUUAGUAUUUGUAUAAUUUAUUUAUUUU